CUAAUUUCUCUUUCCUACCACUCUUCAAUCUUCGAUUCCUGAUUCCCAAUUCCCAUUUCUCAUUUUCAAAAUCUCUUUCAGAGAAAGAAAUAAGAAAAAAAAAGAAGAUUUCUUAGUAGCCACUCCAGGAGGUCGUGGGUUCAGAAAAUACACACCUUCCUGGGGUGGUAGGGUUGUGAUUGUGAUUCUUCUUCAAGCAAUCUUUGUUUUUCUUUUUCAAUUUUAAUAUAUAAAAUGGGUUUUCUCUCACCUUUAAAAAAAAUUGUCAUUUGUUGAAUCUGUUCUAGUUUCUGGUUGGUUGGUCCUUGGUAGUUUUUAGUUUUCUCUCCUUGACUUUGAUUCAGAAACUUGAGAUGGUUUGAAUUUUUCUCUGGUCGAUCGAUACAGCUGCCGGGGACGCGUAAUUUCCCGGCAGUAUACAGCCCUUGGGUUUCAAUUCAGUUUCCAUUUCAUAUCUCUGGUUGUUUUUGUAUCUAUAGAAAUGAUCUGUUCUUCAUAGGAAGGAUAGAGAGGAAACUAUCGAAAGAGAUAGAAAUGUCGGAUUGUUCGCCAGAUAAGAAAUCAGGUUGUGGUGCUAUGUUUCUAUACGUUUUCCGGCCAAGAAGAUCACAAUCUGCGAGCGAGUUACCCACACAGAACAAGACCAUUGUGAAGCUAUCCAGUUCCAAUUCGAAGCGGAGACGAGGCGGAUCCGAUGAUUCUGCCUUCCUCGACACCUACAAUUUAGCUGAGCCUCCGCCGAAGUUACCCGAUAAGCCCCUCGUUAAAGCUGCUCCUCAUAACCCCAAAGCUUAUCAGAAUCAUCAACCCAGGAAACCCUCUGAUGGCGGCGAUGGAAGGGCAUUGGUGGUACCUUCAAACACAAACACAGCACUAACAACGAAGGUGGUGCCAACAACACAACAAGUUAUGCAAGGAAGAAGAGUGCCUAAGGACGCCAUAGGAAUUUCAGGGGAGCUUGAAAUCAUGAUCGCCGAUCACCAGAGGAAUAAGGGAAGCAGCAAUCUCGUUCGUGCUUCGUCAAGCAAUGUGUUCCUCUUUGGUCAUUUGGGCAACAUCAGGCAGCCAGGAGCAGGAGGGGGCAAUCAAAAUUCAGGUAACCAACAACAACCAAUUUCCACUUCCACCGCCAACAAUGUUCUGGAUUACCUCCCCAAGACUGCUCGAGAAAAUUUUAAUGGAAAAAAAUCAAUCGGUAGCAAUGGUGGUGUAAUGGGCAACAUAGUUAGGAGAGGUAGUAAUGAUGAGAGCCAGCAACCGGAGAAAUCUCUUUGUCGAGCUCUGUCCAGGAGAUUGGAUCCAGAGGAAUUGAAGGUAAUGGGUAAUGAGGAGUACAAGAAAGGAAGAUUUGGGGAAGCCUUGGCAUUGUACGAUCGAGCAAUUCUGUUAGACCCAGACAAGGCUUCGUAUCGUAGCAACAAGAGCGCUGCCUUGACUGGUAUGGGUAGGCUUCUUGAAGCUGUUUCCGAAUGCAGAGAAGCCAUCAAAAUCGAACCUUCUUACCAAAGAGCUCAUCAACGUUUGGCCACAUUGUAUCUCAGAUUGGGAGAUGCAGAGAAAGCUUUGAAUCACUAUAAGAGAUCGGGAUCUGAGGCCACCUCUGACGAUUAUGCGAAAGUUCAAGAAGUGCAGACACAUGUGAAUAGGUGCAAUGAAGCUCGGAGGAUGAAGGAUUGGCAGACAUUGUUGAAAGAGAGCAGAAUCGCAAUUUCCUCCGGCGCCGAUUCAGCUCUUCAGGUUUUGGCAAUGCAAGCGGAGGCAUUACUGAAGCUUCAGAAGCAUGAAGAUGCAGUUAACACGUUAACGAACGGGCCGGCCUUCGACGUUGACGACUGUACUAACUUCUUCGGCACCACCGUCUACGCUUAUAUAUUGCAGAUACGAGCCCAGGUUGACAUGGCCGCCGGCAGGUUUGAGGAGGCGGUAGCGGCGGCACAGAGAGGGGCUCGAUUGGAUUCGAGUAAUAGACAGGUGAGUGCGGUGGUAAGGAGGGCCCGAGUUGUGUCAUCGGCGCGGAACAGUGGUAACGAGUUGUUCAAGGCUUCCAAGUUCUUGGAUGCGUCUGUGGCGUACAGUGAUGGGUUAGAGCACGACCCGCUUAACUCGGUCUUGCUCUGCAACCGUGCAGCCUGCCGAUCCAAACUCGGUCAGUUCGAGAAGUCCGUCGAAGACUGCACCACUGCUCUCAACUUGCGCCCUACUUACAGCAAAGCUAGACUACGGCGAGCAGAUUGUUACGCCAAGUUGGAGCGGUGGGAGGCAGCGAUUCAAGACUACGAGACGUUGAACAGAGAAAUGCCGGGAGAUGAGGAAGUGGGCCGAGCCUUGUUGGAGGCCCAGUUGCAGCUCAAGAAGCGGCGAGGCGAGGAAGCCCAGGGCUCUGACUCAGAUGCUGACGUCAUAGUCAUCUCAAGUCAUGAGCGUUUCAGACACUUCGUUAUGUCUCCCGGAACGUCUGUGGUGCUCUUCUGCAACGAAUCCUGCGACGAGCAAAUAUUAGAAACAAUGGAGGAUCUCUGCAAAAGAUACCCUUCGGUCAACUUUCUCAAGGUCGAUAUCGAGGAGAAUCGAAUCCUAGCGAAAUCAGAAGGAUUUGUUAGUGGAAGUUUGGCGGAACCAAUUAUUAAGAUAUACAGGAAUGGAUCAAGAGUCAAAGAAAUUGCCGGCGACGAUCUUGAGCUGUUAGAGAGCUCUGUUGAAUAUUUUGCCAGUUGACGUAAACAAACAGGGUACACAAAACAGGGAGUAAGAGAGAGAAAAGAAUCCCUCUAACCAAUUUGCGAUUUCCCUUCCUUUCCCCAUUUCCUGCUCCAUCUUCCUUAAGGAAAGAGAAAGACAUACCAAGAGAGAGAAGCUCAGGUUGCAGGCAGAGAUCGAAGAACAAAACCAUGUAGCAUGUAAAAAAUGAAAAAUGAAAAAUGAAAAAUUUAGAGUAAGGAUCGUUCAAUCAAUCGCCCAUUCGCAUGAUUACCUCUAAGGCUAAUGGAUCUGCUGGUGGCAUAGCCAUCGGGGAGUGGCAGCAGAGAGAAGAAGCAUACAAGACCAAAUCGGAGCAGAGCGGGGUGGUUUUGUAAUUUGAUUGAGUAAUCGAGAAAGACAAAAUUGGUGGGGCGGGGUGGUUUUGGAAUUUGCACUACUCCUUUUUUGCCCUUUUUUCUUUUAAUUCAAGAAAAUGUAUUCAUAUAUGUGAGUGUGACCUGAAAAAAAUUUGAGAAGUUGAGACAUUUUGUCGUUCUUUGGAAGUCUCAUAAAAA